AAAGUUGUCUAAAUGAAAUCAACUACUUUUUUCAUGUUUAAAUUCGCAUUAGAAUAGGAUUCACGGGAUAAAUUAAUGUAAAAACUAAACUUAUACUAUUAUCUUCGUUUUAACAACAAAAUGUAUCCCUGGAAUUGCUGCCGAGCGUGUUUGGGAGUACAAAAUCUGUAUCCAAUUUUCUCGUUAAACGAUCAUCAUGAAAAAUAUUCAGAGGUGAUAUUAUCCACAACUGGGCUUAAGGUAGAAAUAAACGACGCACUCCCGCAAGAAAUGUGCACAACAUGUAUAACAUUCAUAAACAAUUCAUACAAAUUUCGUAAAAAAUGUGAAGAAAAUCAAAAAUCUUUACAGGACCGCCUCAACCAUAAAUACGAAAUUAAAAUAGAAACAAACCCAAAUAUACUGAAAAUGGAAAAUGGACAACCUUUGACAAUAGAUAUAUCUGACUUACUUCAAGAUACAAAAACCUUUGAUGACCACGAAGACAGUUUUAACUACGAUUCUACAGAAAACAAUGAUGAAGUGAUAGAAUUUGAAACGAAAGUCAAAGAUCUCGUUGAAAAGCCCGUAGAAAUUAUCUUCAAGAAGGGCAAGAGUAAACGAAGUGCUGAAAAGCCGGUCAGAAGGUCAUUAAGAAGUAAAGAGAACGGACAACAGGAUAGAGAACGAGUUAAGGAGAAGAUAGAAUGUGAAUAUUGUCAUAAGAUAUUAACGUCAAAAUUGUCUUUGCGGAAUCAUUAUAAGAUACAUACAGGAUUUGAUGUAGUUUGUGAGCACUGCGGCAAAAAGUUUAUUACAAGGAGAUUACUGUUAAUGCACUGUAGAGCGAAGCACGGCUAUGAGAAGACUGACAAGUGUUCGUAUUGUGACUACAGGGCCUCAAAUGCUGAGCAAGUCAAGAUCCACGAGCGGCUGCACACGGGGGAGAAGCCGUUCGUGUGCGCGCAGUGCGGCGCCGGCUUCCACCGCAAGAGCAGCUACCUGCAGCAUGUGGCCAUACACCUGCCCGACAAGACUGUGCAGUGCGACCAAUGUCCCGCUCGCUUCAAGUCCGUGACUCUGAUGCGUAUUCACAAGAACCGGCAUCGCGCCCCGCAGUACUCCUUCAAGUGUCGCGUUUGUGACAACAACUUCGCGAGACGCCGCAAUGUUGUGAGACACCUGCAGCGGAUACACGCCGUCCAGCCCACGCCCGAGCAUAUAGGCAGGAUGAAGAUAGCUUAGCAAUUAACGAGGAAUUAGGUAAAAUACAAAAUCUUUUAUAUAAUAAAAAUGAAUGGCUGUUCGUUAGUCUCGCUUAAACUCGAGAACGG